UUUAUGGUAGGGUGUUCACUUUGGGAAAAUCUUUCUUUGACGACAAAUUGUGGUGGGCCCAUGCUGCCGUAAUGUGACUCUUAGGGCAGUUUCAGGUGAUAAUGGAUCGUUGUAAAAGGUAAAGGGUUUGUUGUUUGUUACAUCAUGAUGUGUCAUGAUGUAUAAAGCACAAGUGCACUCGAGGUGUUUGCCUUCGCUCCUUUUGUUUCUCAGCAAGAUGGACUAUUGGACUUUCAUUAACGAGGAGAAAGCAACUUACAGCGUGACCGAUCCCGGUUACCUAACAGAAGCUGAGGGCCCUACUGUGUCUGCUGAGAAAUGUUCUGGAUGGAGUGAGAAGUAUACAGUGUCUGACAAAGGAUUUGUGUCUCCUUCGAUGCCCAUCCACACUACUCUUCAGCCCCAAUAUGGAGCUUACCAACAGCAGUGGAACUUUUGCAGUAUGCCGUUCAUAAAUGAGAUUACAGCACGAGAAGCCAUUGCUCUGUGGGCCUCCAGCAAAUGUUCUUACAAUUUUGCACCAAAAGAUGGGAUGAUCACCACCAUGGAGGCUUUUAAUACCUAUAGGUACCGCCUGGAAACCUUCACUGAGUCGCGAUCUGCGGAGUGGAGUCACGAGCCGUACAAUGGCCAACCAGUGGAUGCAUGCGGUCAACCACCUCCAGAACCCUGGAAUAUUGCUGCAACACCCCCCAUUUAUUUUGUGGAUGGCCAGCAGGUCAUCAGAGUUCCCUACACUUCAUUUUUGAAGAGCUGCCACGUUUGCCAAGAAAUGGGGAAAAAACCUUGCAAUGACUGUGACUGGAAUCGUGAUUGCAUGAGGAUGAACAACUGCCGCCACUGCCAGGGGCAAGGAUUCACGGAAUGUCCCACAUGUCAAGGACGACGGCAGCUUUUGGUCUACAUGAAACUGACUGUAACAUGGACAAACAACUGUGAUGACUAUGUGGUGGAACAGCCCAGUGGCCUAAAGGUGGAUAACCUCAGUAAAGUGUCUGGUGUGGAGCUUUUCAGAGACUGUCAGUACUUGGUGUACCCGGUUUGUGGUUUCCCAGACACUGCUGUGGUAAAUGCUGCUCAGCGUUUAGUCCGCGAACACCAGGGCAAUUUUGCCCUGACGUCUCUCAUUCUGCGACAGCGUCAAAUUAUUGAGCUGAUCCCUGUGACCAAGGUUACCUACUUGUGGAAAGAGGAAAAAAAAGUACUCUUUGUUUAUGGAACUGAACUGGAGGUCCGUGCAGACAACCACCCCCCCAUUAGUUGCUGUACCUUGAUGUAACUGCAGAAGCCGUCAUCCUGUCUGCCUGUUGCGACUGUGAAAUCAUUUCAUUUGGUGUUUGCCAGUGUAUGUUUCUUCUGGAAAGCCACGAAUGAUGCGAAUUUCAGCUAUUUUAAGGGAAACAAUUCUUUUGGCUCAGCUCAAAGAGACUGCUCUCGUCUCCCAAGUGACUCCGCAGGGUUUUUGUUGUUGUUGCUCAAUUAAUUCAUGAGGAAAUUAUGUGUAAAAUGAAUUUGUAAGGUAAACAUGUCAAAUCAAAUGCUCACUGUGUGUACAGUAUGUUCAACAUGGAACUGAUUACUACAAAAUAAAAAAAUACAA